CGGCGGCUGGUGCAUCUGGUGCUGUUCUGCCCCUUCUCCAAGGGCCUGCAGGGUCGCCUCCCGGGCAUCAAGGUGAAGUACCUGCUGGUGGUGUGGCUGGGCAUCUUCGUGGGCAGCUGGGUGGCCUACAUGCACUACUCGUCCUACUCCGAGCUCUGCCGCGGCCACGUCUGCCGGAUGAUAAUUUGUGACCAGUACAAGAAAGGAAUCAUUUCUGGCUCCACGUGCAAGGACCUGUGUGAGGAGCAUGGCCUCCUCUUCCAGCACUGCCUUUCCUCCUCUCCCACCCAGCAGGUUUACAGCGGGCUCUGGAGGGACAGGGAGGUGAUCAUCAAAUGUGGCAUUGGAGAAGCCCUGAGGGCAGACAGCCGCCCGGACUCUGUGCCCAGGAGGGACGUGGUGCUCUUCGACAAACCCACACGGGGGACGUCCAUGGAUGAGUUCAAAGAAAUGCUCCUCAACUUCCUCAAGUCCAAGCUGGGAGAUCAGCCAUCCCUCCCAGCCCUGGUGAGCCGGAUCAUCGCCAUGGCCGACGUGAACCGCGACGGGAAAGUGUCUCUGGCCGAGGCCAAAUCCAUCUGGGCGCUGCUGCAGCUCAAUGAGUUUCUUCUCAUGUUCUCCCUGCACGAGAAGGAGCACACUGCCAAGCUGCUGGGGCACUGUGGGGACCUCUACGUCACCGAGAAGAUCCCCCACACCUCCCUCUACGGGCUGGAUGUCCCCCCCUUCCUCCAGUCGCUGCUGCCUUCCGUCGCCCACCAGCUCCUCCACCAGUGGUUCGCGCCGGCGUGGCCCCGGCGCGCCAAGAUCGCCAUCGGCCUCCUGGAGUUCGUGGAGGAGAUUUUCCACGGCACCUAUGGGAGCUUCUACAUCUGCGAGACGGGCUUCAGGAACGUGGGCUACAACGACAAGUUCGACUUCAAGAUGGUCGACCUGAGGAAGGUGGCGACGGAGGCGACAAUCAGGGGGUUCCUCAAGGGGCGUCACUGUGAGCAGAACGUGGACUGCACCUACGGGCGGGACUGCACGGCGGCCUGUGACAAGCUGCUGAAGCAGUGCAAGGGCGACAUGGUGCAGCCCAACCUGGCCAAGGUGUGCGGGUUGCUGCAGGACUACUUGCUGUACGGGGCGCCGCUGGAGCUGAAGGAUGAGCUGCAGAAGCAGCUCCGAACUUGCACGACCCUCAGCGGCCUGGCCAGCCAGAUGGAGGUGCACCACUCCCUCGUGCUCAACAACCUCAAGACCUUGCUCUGGAAGAAGAUUUCCAACACCAAAUAUUCCUAACGGGGGAAGCACGGCCCCGGAGUUUAGGAUCUGCCACCUCGGAGUCAAGUCCAAGGGCUGAAGGCCUGUUUCUCCAUCUUCCCCACAGGUAAAACACACCCUGCACAGGGAGUUCAGCAGAGCUGCAGCCCCUUCUCCAUGGAAAACCAAGCUUCAUGACUUCCACCGCCCAGCAGGAUCAUGGAUCAGUCAGCAGGAGUGUCUGCAGAGCUGGGACACCAGGCUGGACAGGCUUGGGGGAGGAAGAUGACAUGGAAAGGGAUAAGGAAGCAGAGCCCAGCUGGAUACAUCUAAGUGUUUCUUGAUUAACAGGAAAGCAGAGCAGAGUGAUGGGAAUGAAUCAUUCAUGCUGUACUUGUCACAUCUUCUUUUGAUGAACGUCUCUGAUGUAAAUAAACAGCUUUUACGUGAAUCACACCAGUACAUCAAUAGUGAAACAGCAGCCUGUUAAGUACCAGCUUGUUUGUGAUCUAAAAAGGAGGAAAAGGUAGAUUUCCUGAUUCAAAAGUCUCUCCUUAAGUGUCUGAGUCAUCUGCCAUCAGAUCCAGCUGUAACAUAGGAAGCAGAUAAUCAGUCUGUUCCACAGUGGAGAAUCCUGGCAAUUCUUUGGUUCCAUUUUUAAGUGCCUGACCCUGACAGUGAUGCCAUGGCUUGUGUGAGGCUCCCACUCGGCUGCUCCCACCCCAAGUCCAAAAUUGGCAGCACAGGCCAUUCCCUCACAUGUUGGCUUUGGAAGCUCUAAGGCCAAGGAGAGCCUAAAGGCAAAGGGCUAAACAUGAACAGUUCUGACCCGUUAAUGUGCUCCGUGUGUCCCUUCCCACCACACUCAGAGCAGGGAUAAACCAACCUCUCGGUUUAAUUCUCCUAAAACUAAGCUGGGCUUGCCCUGCAGAGGUUGAAGGUUAAUACCAGAAUAAUCCAGUGCUUCUCUUGUUAUUAAAGUGAAUUUCCAGGCAAGCUUUCAGCAGGUCUCAAGACAUUUGUUUGGCUGUGUAUGUACUACCAGGGCUCUAACUAUAGUCGUUUCCUUUAAAUGCCCAAUUAUAGCAAUCUUGAAACUGUGGGUAGGGAGGAAGAGCUUUUAUAAACUCCCCCAAGGCUGCUCUGUUCCCAGCACAGCCGUAUUCCUGCUGCUGGGCCACACGGUUGUUCUCCUGCCAACAAUUCCUCAGUGGAGCGUGCAGCUGAUGUACAAUCCCAAUUAAAACCACACCUGACAGUAUCACCUGGGAAUGUGAUCAGCAGAGCUGUGGCUACACAUUUAGGAGCCCUUUGAGGAGAGAGACCAGGAUUUCCUUGUGUUAGUUCUUUCGGAUCCUCAUCACCUCGCAGUGGUGUUUAUGGAGUCAGCGGGGCCCUGUAUCCAGCACAGAGCUCACUCCCUGCUGAGGAGUGGCCUCUGCAGUGCAAUUUAUCCCUGGAUAGGCUGAGCACUCCCAAAGUUUCUGUGUUUGGAGGGUGACAAGUCCUCAGUUACCCUGGCUCAGCUACAGAUGCUGCCAAGGUGAGCAGGGCCCCCUGGAAGGUGUGGGUUCACCUGCACAGGAGGGAGCACGUGGGCAGGGCUGGAAUUCACUGGAAUUCCAUAAUGAAUCUCCACACAGCCACUGCAGCUCAUCCAUUGUCCUGCAUCCCCAUGGCAACCAGCUCCACUGGCAAAUUAAUUUGCUUCUGCUAUUAGCAAAGGAAUCCAACACCCCCCCAUGGCAAGUGCCCUCCUCAGGUCAUCAGAGAAGCCAUUUCUCACCUUCCCCUCUCUUAUUUACUGGUAAAUUUUGUCCAGAUAUUCCCACUACAUCCCUGCUGCUCCUUUCCCCCAAAGCAGUGUUAAAGCAGCAGGCAAGCACCUGGAAAAGGAAAGGGGUUUUCCCCUCAAUAUCAGAAUUUUUAAGUAAUUAUGGUGAAGAUCCAGGAGAAGCAGCCCCUGUACCUGACAAGAUUUAUUGAAAUAAACACUUCUGACAA